AAGAGUGGGCCUGCAGACACACAUGAUGGAGAGGCUGAGGGGUGUGGUUAGAUGGACGGCGGUGGGGAGGGCUGGAUGACGGCGGAAUAGGCAGGAAGGUCGGAAGAACGGAGAAUUUUGCUGGCAUUUACCCUCCAGUGUAUAUCUUGUGGAGUACUAUUUUGAGACACUGUCUCUUGCAGACUAAAGGAAGUACACUGAGGCAAGAUGUGAUCAAUAUGUGGAUCAAACUUGACUGGGAACUCAGAAAACCUAACCAAAUAUCUGUUUCAUAAGAUUGCAAAAUUUGUACAUCAUCUUUGUACUAAAUACACACCCACAAUGCACUCCUCGCGGCCCUCCAUUCCCCCACGAACACGUCGGUUUGACAGUGUCAGACGUUCAGAAGCUAAACCACCCAACCACCCAGCCAGGAAAGAGGACAAAAAUGUAAGCAGCAUUUCUUCAUCCCCUCGUCGUACCACGCGAGCACGUCCUGAGCCUUCCAGGUUAAAGGGCAUAGGUCUGAGUACUCGAUCCUCUGUGACUCAGAACAAAACGGUCCGACAGCAGAAGACCUCUACCCCCUCAGUACCCAGCAACUCUAAGGGUGUAUCUAAGGGUGGACAUGUGGCAUCAAACUUGGUCCCUGAUAUUGUGGAUCCAAACUGUAAUGAACCAAGCCUGCCUUGCCUGUGUUGUGAUGGCCACUCAACUCAGGACAGCAACAGCUUAUUUAAUCACAACCAUAACAAUAAUAACACUGUGACCAUCAGGCAGCAGCUCAAGCUUGUCCCACCACCUCAGGAGAACAAGGAGUCUGAGAAACCAGACAUUGGAAAAGCCAAAUGUAAGCCAGAGGAGGAGCAGCCUGUGGCUAGUCCUGUAGCGAAACACAUAGAGGACAAAAUGGAAGAGGCAAAUGGAAAUGUGGAUGAAAUAGAUGGAGCUGUUCACAAGGAUGAUGACAUUGUGGUUAAUGUGAGUGGAAAAGUAGAUGAGAAUGGAAAUGGUAAUAAUCAGGAUGUUAAUGUACGUAAUGAUGACGAUAAUGAUGAUGAUGAUGAUGACGAUGAUGAAGAAGAAGAUGACAACACACUUGUACCUUCUUGCUGCGAUUGCACAGCAUCAAUGUUGGACUUCUCUCUCACAUCUUCUACCUCAUCUUCAUCCACCUCCAUCAGCAGCUGCUCAGAUCUGGAUUCUGAUUGCCCUGAUACAUUUUCAGUGUCUCUGCAAGAAGAAGAAGCCACUGAACAUUAUUCUGCUCCUCAUCCCCCAGCAUCCCACUCCACUGUUUUUCCGUACUGCUCCCUUCCACUGGACCUGAGUACUUCAGUGAGAUCUCCAUCUCCAUGUUCCCCUGAUGAGGGAUAUCCUUCAGCUCCCCCGUCCCCUUCUUCAGAAUUUAUGGAGGGCAAGGAACCUAAGAAAGAAAAGGGCAUUAAAGUAGAUCUUUUGAACUUUUUGGACUCCAUUGAUGAAUUAGGCAAAGUGGAUCACUUUUAUCAAAUUGCUCAGCUAGCACAAUGGGAGCUCAAGGAUGACUUGGAUCUAAGAUAUAGGCUGGUGCACCAAGAAAGGCUUGAAAAAGUCAACAAGCAGGUGAGACUUAUGCAUCUGGAAAAACUACAGGAAGCUGGAUUAGACAUUUCUGAUGAAGAUAUUUCUGGUGUACUUGAUGAAAUGGGCAAUAUUGACAUUUCUUUGAAGCUUUAUAAAAGUGACAGAUCGGGUGAUUCCCAGGAAUACAGUGAUGCUGGGGUAGAUAUGACAGCCCUGUCUGACCUGGAUGAACCUCCAAUUCCAGAUUCCCUUGCACCAUCACCUGUGAAUCCUCCACCCCGUCCACCCAAACCUCCAGCAAGACAUGUCAGUGCCCAACCAGAAAUGCACACAUACAUGAACAUCAGUGGGAAUACACCUUCAGUUUCCUCUACCUCCUCCCCAGCUAAAACCUUCAGUCUUUCAUUUUCCCAAACUUCAUCUCUGAUUUCAUCUUCAGUGUCAAAACCUCCUGUGUUGCCUCCACCACCAUCACAGCCUGUUCCUUAUUUCACCCUGUAUACUGAUUCACCCACACUCUCCUCACCCACUCCACCCAUUCCACCUCCCAGAAGGCGGCAUAAAGCCCGUCUAGAAGCUCAGAGGCUUGCUGAGCUUGAGAGACAGAAGACACCUCAGUCUCUUCCAGCUCCAACCUCCAGACCUCCACCUCUUCCACCUCCACCAGCUUUGCCCUCUCCCCCUGCCAUUCCACCACCACCACUACUCCCACCUCCUCCAUCAUUCCAUGCCCUGGAUGUAGAGAUAAGGAAGCUGCUGGCACUGGCAGGGAUCACCCAGGCUGAGUUACUAAAGCUUAGCCCUGAGUUGGGGGUCUGUGUUGAUGGGGUCUUGGAAGAAGAACAGAUAUCUGAUGCUUUGAACAUCAAACGUGUUUGUGUUAGUGAGACAAGCCAAGAGAAGGGACAGGAUGUGAACAAGGGGAAAACAUUUACCUGGAGGGAGCUGAGGGAGGGCAAUAAGCUUGGGAAAGAGGAAACAUUCAUAGAUGAAAAGAAAGAAGAAUGCAAGGACACUUUGAAGACAACGUCCUUCACAGAGAUGGCCAAGCGGCACAGGCAGAAUGAAGGUAGUAGUAACUCUAGCUGCAACUGUGGUUUGAGGGAUAAUGCCAGCUUGACGACUGACUCAUAUUACAGCACAUCCAGUAGCAACAAACAGUUCACUAAUUCUAGCUUUGACAAUUUUGAUUAUGCCUCAGUGAUUCCUGAUUCCCCUCCUCCCCCUCCCCCUCCACGACCUUUACCCCCACGGCCAAAAAUAUUGCCUAAACCACCUGAACUUCCUCCUGUAAAGCCAUGUGCGCUACCUGCCAAUUCAUCUCGUCCAGAUAGAUUUGAUUGGUUGAUAGCCUUUACUCCAGACACAGAGACGCCACCCCUAGAAAUGACAAAAACAUCUACUAAUGCCACAUCGCAAAAAUCCAGCUCUGUUCCAAAAGUCACUACAUUUAAAGAGCUGCGCAACAGAGCUAAACAGGCUUCCCCACCAACUCAAAUCCAACCAGAACCUGAACCAACUAUCAUCACCCCAGAUCCGGAUUUCCUGUAUAACCUUAAGUGGAGGAGAGAGAAGGCUGAUGGGGAUGGCACCCAGUGGGAGUACACUUCCCAAGCUCAGGCCACCUUUCUCCAGCCACCACCCACACCUGCCUCAUUGGCUCUAUUUAGGGAAAUACGCCACUUGAAUGUUCAGGCAGAUGCCACUCUGGAGCCUGGCCCCGUGCAACAAAUUAGUGGCUCAGCCAAAAAAAAUCAGUAUAACUUUAUUGAUGACAGAAACAGAGAACAUUACAAGACAAAGGAUGAAGAGAUGGGGGAGACAGAGGUGAGGGGAAUGGCAGACGGAGGACAACCAUGGGAAUCAAGAACAAGACUGUCCUCGCCGCCCCUGUCUUUAGCCUUGUCUAGCGCUUUGCCCUCACCCUAUUAUCUGCACUCCAGCCCCCCAUCCCAAGCCCCCCUGUUUUACCGUUCAGACUUUUAUAGGAAUCAGUCAAAAGCUCAGUCUCUUCAGGAACAUCCCAGAGACCCUCUGUGCCAUAUGAAUCCCACUUCUGACUCUGUUACAGAAUACACUGACUCUCUCUUCUGCACUGACCCAAAAAAACAUGCAGAGUUUUUCUGUAAUCAUGAAAAUGAUUCUAGUGGCAUUGGUUGUAGUAAUUCAGACAGCUUUAUGGAUUCUUUGUAUCAAUACUCUGAUACCAAGAAAAACAAGAGCUGUUACUAUAGAAGGGAGUCAGUUAGCACCUUUGGGUCAUUGUAUGAUAACCAUUUAGAUUCAAACAGUAAUGUAGAUUCACUCUACUGUGGUGACAAAUACAGGAUGAAAACCAUGUCUGACAAACCAUCUACAAGCACAUAUGCUGAAGGCAAUACAACCCCAUACAAAAAUAUUGACGUGAUACGGUAUGUUAAUGCAGAGAAGCUCAACAAACUGAGUGAUGGUACCAAAGACACCAAGGAAGAUGUGAAUUCCAUGUUCAGCUUUGAGGAGACCAGUGUCCCAGGUUCAGUUGGCAAUACAUUUAGUGACCAUAAAAUUUUGGAGGACAAAUCCCAGAGCUCGCCUUUCCCUACCCUGUACCUUUAUCACCCCAAAAAUUGCCCUCUGCAUAAAGGGGCUCCCCCACGCUUAUCCCCUGUAGGAGCAAUUUCACCACCUCAUAGGGCUGGGCCUCCAUCUCCAGGGGCCAGCAUGUCCCGUCUCUGUUCGCCCCUAUUCCCUCGCAGUCACACGCUACCUGCUCUUGCUGCCCCGCUCUAUUACCCCUACCUGUACACUCCCCGAGCUCCGGCUCCUCUCAGGGAGCCACUGGCCCCCAAAUACCAAUCUAAGCAGAAUGCAUCACCGCUCUCGCUGACUGUGCGCAGCCUGUCCUUUGCUGGUUCUGCUGCAAAAGCAGGGGCCUGGAUGGGUGACAAUGAGAAGCCCCCACUGAUAGGUGGUGGACUGUCCCCUCUUUGCCUGCAGGAAAAACGAGCUCUCAUCAGUGCAGUCAAUGUGGCAGUGGAGGCCAUUCUGGCUCAGUUCAGCUCCUCUAGGACUCUUGUGCAGAAGAUUCACUCAGUAGAUAAGGCUCUCUCUGGAGACAGCAGUGUAAACCCUGCUCUGGGUCGGCUGGUGUUGCAGUGCCUUUGCCCGGCCCUGCACACCCUUCUCUGUGACGGACUCAAGCCCCAUCAGAGUGAUCUCAUCACAGGCAGGAGGCCAAAUUCACCCUGGGGAUUGGUUCAGGCCUCCACCAAACCAGGCCCAAACACCCAGGCUUUGUACAGCUUACAAGCUAAAGUAGCUGCACUUCCACAGCUCAAGCAAAGCCGACACAGGUUUAAUGCCUUCCUGCUCGGCCUUCUCAAUAUCAAGCGCCUUGAUUACUGGCUUUCCCACUUGCAGACCUGCCAUGAUGUACUUGAAACAUAUUACUGGCCAACAUCCUUCAUGCACCUUUCAAGCACUUUUUGCCAGCCUCUCUUCGAAGAGCUUCUCCUCAUGCUGCAGCCUCUCUCCCUCCUGACCUUCAAUCUCGACCUGCUGUUCCAGCACCACCACUUCGACCCGUUGUCCCCUGCGCUCAGCCCUCCCAGCCGUAGCCCACAGUCAUCCAGUCCAGACCAGUCUCAGAGCAACGGGCAACAUCUGAAGAAUGUUUCCAAGCAAAGCUUCACUGAUCCCAAAGCAGCAAGCCACAAUUCAAGUCCCACAAGCACAUUCAAUCCAGGCCCCACCUACUGCAGGCCAAUGUCAGGGAUUGGUAAAGGAGAGACAAGUCCACAGCUGCAAUGGCUGCAGGAGAAGGAGAUAAUAGCCCCCCCUAGUAUCUGGAGUGGGAAUAGCUUCAGCCAGCAGGCAGGUCAAGCUCUUCAGCAAAGCUGGGGGGCUGUGAUACGUUGGGGUGAGCGUUUAGGGCAGAACUGGAGUGGUUGGACCUCCACUAGUUUGUCAGAGGAGGCCAAAGCUCACACCAUACCAGAUCUGGAUACACACUCCAAUUCUGAUUGUCCAAAGAGCCCAGGCCAGGAGCUUCUGACUGCUGAGAGUGGAACAGUUACUUGGGGUUUAGGCAGACUGUUUGGAGCAUCCAAAAGCCCCAACAACCCACCAACAAAACGGCGUCCUUCUCACUGGCUGAAUCCUGGUAUAACAGUUCUGUCCCGCAUAUCAAGCACAAGCCAGGCCAUUUUGCCUGAGAAGAUUGAGCCUGGAAGAAAAGGAGAGAGGGAGAACAGCAAAAAUGAUGACAGUAAAGAAACUGGUAACCAGCCAAAACCUCUGAGGGCGGUCAGAACUCUGUGCGAUCACAUGGGUACAGGAGCAGAGCUGAGCUUCAGUAAGGGGGAGGAGCUCAUACUUCUUGGAGGUGUGGACCAAGACUGGAUUCGCUGUCGCCAGGGUGACAAGGAGGGCCUUGUUCCUAUUGGUUAUGCAUCACUCAUCAUGUGACUCCUACUUGGAUGAUCAUGUGAGUUGAGGUGGAAGAGAAUACGUACUAUGGAUUAUUAUAUUAAAAAGAGAAGGGUGUAUACUUUGAUAUUUACUUCAUAUCUUAACUAUUUAUUAGGGGCUGUGCAGAAGUGCUCAGCUCUUUUGCCUGGUGUGUGAUGUUUCGUGUUUUUCUCUAGCAUUCAUCUAAACAUAUAUGACAUUGUAUAAAUGAUACAUUUACAUAAAUAUAUAUACAAAUUAUAGAAAAUCAGAUUAAUCGAAUUCAAAUCAUAAAUUUGAUCAUGAUAGAUAGGCAGAUAGACAUGAACAUUAAAAAAAAAACAGAAAAGUCAUUGAGUAGUCCAUGUCCAUAAUGAAUAGAAUUUAUUA